CAGCCCGACAGGGAGUGUAUGUUAUGCCCAGAGCUUCUGGCGCCCCUUUGAUAACUUUUACGUGCCUGGGUCGACAUGAAAGCCCGCAUAUAAAAACCCCGCACCGACGGGAUAUUAGUUACACAGCUUCGGAGACGGAGUUAGCACCGAAUCGCCGAGGCUGUUGUACCCUUGUGUCCCUGUUACGACUCCUGCUAUUGGUCAGUUAAGCUAGCGCUCCUGAUUGGACAGCCAAGAUGAAGAACUACGAGGAAGAUGGCUUCAUGCGUUACCUGGCCGGGGACGAGAAGCAGCUUUUGGCCAUACGCAACAGGCCGUUCGACGCGAAGACUGUUCUGUUCGUUCCCGACAAGACGGAUGUUUUUGUGGAGGGGGAGAUCCGGGCAACCAAGGGCGACAUGGUUACCGUGGAAACCGUUACAAAGAAGACAGUGACGGUGAAGAAGGACAACACCUACCAAGUCAACCCGCCCAAGUUCUCCCUGUGUGAUGACAUGGCGAACCUCACGUACCUUCACGACGCCUCUGUUCUACACAACAUGAGGGAACGUUACAACCACAAGCUCAUCUAUACGUACUCUGGACUGUUCUGCGUGGUGAUCAACCCCUACGCGCGUCUGCCCAUCUACAAGAACGAGGUUGUCGCCCUGUACCGGUCUCGGCGCCGCAUGGACAUCCCGCCGCACCUGUUCGCAAUAGCGGAUGAAGCCUACAGGAACAUGCUGGAGGACCGUGACAACCAGUCCAUUCUAAUCACGGGUGAGUCCGGAGCCGGGAAGACGGAGAACACGAAGAAAGUGAUCGCGUACUUCGCUACCGUCGCCGCUCUGGGGGAGGUACGGGACGGCGGAGGGUUUGGCGGGAAGAAAGCCACGCUGGAAGACCAGGUUGUGCAGACCAACCCUGUCCUGGAGGCUUUCGGGAACGCCAAGACCAACCGGAACAACAACUCCUCCCGGUUCGGCAAGUUCAUCCGGAUCCACUUCGGCGGAAAGGGCAAGCUGGCCGGGGCUGAUAUCGAGACAUAUCUUCUCGAGAAAUCUCGCGUGAUCUCACAGAUGCCCGGCGAGCGCUGCUACCACGUGUUCUACCAGCUGGUGUCGGGAGCCUUUCCUCAAUACACUGAAAAGCUGCUGCUUGUGAACGACGCUCGUGAGUACAAGUACAUCUCCCAGGGUGACGUCACCAUAGCCGGGGUCGAUGACCGAGAAGAGAUGCGGUUCACUGAUGAGGCGUUUGACAUUCUGGGCUUCAGUAAUGACGAGAAGAUGCAGGUGUACCGCCUCGUGUCGGGAAUCUGUCACUAUGGCAACAUGAAGUUCAAGGAGAGAGGGGAGCAGGCCGAGUGUGACGGCAUGGAAGCGGCUGAGAAGGUGGGUCACCUGUUCAGUGUGCCGAGUGCCGACAUGACGAAAGCACUGCUGAAGCCGCGAGUGAAGGUUGGGAACGACUUCGUGGUGAAGGGGCAGACAGCCGAGCAGUGUUUUUACUCCGUGGGCGCACUGAGCAAGUCCAUCUAUAACAGGCUGUUCAUCUGGCUGCAGGGACGGCUGAACGAAACGCUGGCCACAGAGCUGAAGCGGGAAUACUUCAUAGGUGUGCUGGACAUCGCAGGGUUCGAGAUUUUCGAGUUGAACAGUUUCGAGCAGCUCUGCAUCAACUACACCAACGAGAAGCUUCAGCAGUACUUCAACCACCACAUGUUCGUGCUGGAGCAGGAGGUUUACUAUCGUGAGGGCAUCUUCUGGGAGUUCAUCGACUUUGGUAUGGACCUGCAGGCAACCAUCAACCUCAUCGAGAAGCCACUCGGUAUCAUGUCCAUCCUGGAAGAAGAGUGCAUGUUCCCCAAGGCCACGGACAUGACGUUCAAGGCCAAGUUGAACAACAACCACGCAGGCAAGUCCAGCAUCUUCCAGACCCCCAAGGUCGGACACAAGGUCAAGUACACGUCGGACUUCGCUAUCAAGCACUACGCUGCCACGGUGAACUAUAACGUGGCUCACUGGUUGGAGAAGAACAAGGACCCCAUUAACGAGUCAGUGGUAGAAGUGCUGCAGAAGUCCACCAGUUCGCUCAUGUCAGACAUGUUCAAGGAUUACGUGGGAUCCAACAGUCAAAACGGCGAAGGGAAGAAGCCGAAGAAGGGAAAAGCCAAGAAAAGCGCAGCAUUUCAGACAGUGUCGGCUCUUCACAGGGAACAACUGAACAAACUGAUGUUCACCCUGAAGAACACCUUCCCCCACUUCGUGCGCUGCAUCAUCCCCAACGAGACCAAGUCUGCCUUCGUCAUCGACUCUCCCCUGGUGAUGCACCAGCUGACGUGUAACGGUGUAUUGGAGGGCAUCAGGAUCUGUAGGAAGGGAUAUCCCAACAGGAUGCCCUAUCACGAGUUCAGACACAGGGAAGCCAGGCAGAUUCUGCAGCGGAACGUCCGGAAAUGGCUUAAGCUCAGGACGUGGGAAUGGUGGAAGCUGUACGUGAAGAUCAAGCCCCUCCUGCAAGGGUUCCGCACGGAGGAAGAGCUGCGUGCCAAAGAAGCCGAGCUAAAUGAGCUAAGAGAGAGGUAUCUGGAAGAGGAGAACCUGCGGAAGGCGCUGGAGAGGAAGUGCACGGCCCUGGAGCAGCAAAGCAACGACAUCCAGAACCAGAUGCACGCGAUGCACGAUCUCCAGGAGGACCAGGAGGAACGCUACGCCAUGCUGGUGAAGAACAAGGCGUCUCUGCAGCAGGAAAAUGAAGAGAUGAAGGAGAGCCUGGACGAGCUGACGGAGUCCAACCUCCAACUCACACAGGCCAAGAAGAAACUGGACGGAGACAACGAAGAACUUAAGAAGGACGUGGACGACUUGGAGACGAGUCUUGCAAAAAUGGAGAAAGACAAGAAGGCUGCUGAGGAGAGGGUUCGCAGGACGGCGGAGGAACUGUCCGAGGCCGAGAACAACAUCAAACGACUGAACAGGGAAAAUAAGCAACUCCGAGAACUCCAGGAGCAAACCCUGGUGGACCUACAAACAGAGGAAGAGAAAGUCAACAACCUGACAAAGCUCAAGAACAAGCUGGAAGAACAGCUCGAAGAUAUGGAGGAGAGUUUCCACCGCCAGAGGAAGUUCCGUGUCGAGGCUGAACGUGACAAGAAGAAAUUGGAGGACCAACUAAGGAAGAACAUGGACUCCUUAAAGAAUAUGGAAAGGGCCAAGAAUGAACAGGAGGAUAAGAUAAAGAAGCGGGAGUUUGAGAUCGGAGCGUUGAACACCCGACUGGAGAGCGAGCAGAGUCUGGUGGCGCAGCUCCAGGCCAAGAUCAAGGAACUCAUGGUCCGAAUAGAGCAGCUGGAGGCGGAUCUGGAGGCCGAGCGGAACGCCCGCACUAAGGCGGAGAAGGCGAAGAACGAGGCGCAGCAUCAACUGGACGACAUCGGGGACAGGCUGGAGGAGUCGGCUGGGCAGACUACAGCACAGACGGAGUACGCCCGUAAGCGCGAGGCGGAGAUCCUGAACCUGAGGCGGGACAUGGAGGCCGCCAGCGCGCUGCACGACACGAACAUGGCGGACCUCAGGAGGAAACAUGCCGACCAGCUAAGGGAGCUGCAGGUCGCCCUUGAGAAGCAGAACCGUGACAUCACGGAGAAGCUGCAGGAAGUGAACCUGAAACUGGACGAGCACACCCGCUCCAUGCAGGAGAUCUCAGGACUCAAGGCGCGGCUGCUGGCCGAGAACACCGACCUGCAGCGACACCUGGACGAGGCAGAGAGUAUGACAACUCAUCUCAGCAGGAACAAGAGCAUGCUGCUGCAGCAGCUGGAUGAGAUGAAGCACCAGCUCGACGACGAGUCCAAGGCUAAGAACCUGAUGGCUCACCAGCUGCGUGCUGCCCAGCAUGACUGCGAUUCUCUCCGCGAGCAGCUGGAGGAGGAGCAGGAGGCCAAGACAGAGACGCAGCGGGGGCUGUCCAAGGCGAACACAGAGGUGACAGCCUGGAGGACCAAGUACGAGACCGACGCCAUCCAGAGGACAGAAGAACUGGAGGAGGCGAAGAAGAAGCUGGCUGCCCGUCUCCAGGACAUGGAGGAGAAGUUGGAGAUCUCCAACUCCAGAUGUUCCUCCCUGGAGAAGACGAAGAACAGACUCCGGGCGGAGAACGAGGACCUGAUGCUGGACGUGGAGAAGUCCAACACCUUGGUCAUACAGCUGGAGAAGAAACAGCGUAUGAUGGAUAAAAUCAUCUCCAACUGGAAGUCGAAGUGUACCGAGAUCACCGUGGAGCUGGAUGAGUCACGGAAGGAGAACCACGAGCUGAACAACGAGCUGAUGAAGCUGAAGACGGCUUUCGAAGAGGCCUUGGUCGCCAUGGAAAACCUCAAGAAAGAGAACAAGCAGCUUCAAGACGACGUUGCCGGACUGAAUGAAGCUGUUGCGGAAGGUGCCAAGACCAUCUCCGAGCUUGAGAAGGCCAAGAAGCGUCUUGAGGUGGAGAAGGAGGAGCUCCAGACGGCGCUGGAGGAGGCGGAGAGCAGUCUGGAGGUGGAGGAAGGCAAGGUGAUACGUCUUAACCUGGAGCUCGGUCAGCUUAAGUCGGACAUCGACAGGAGGCUGGCUGAGAAGGAGGAGGAGUUUGAGGUUACACGUAAAAACCAGGCUCGUGCCAUCGAGAGUCUCCAGGCGUCCCUGGAGGUAGAGAGUAAGGGCCGGGCUGAGGCGCUGAGGGCCAAGAAGAAGCUGGAGGGAGACCUGAACGAGUGCGAAGUGAAGCUGACCAACGCCAACAGGGCUAACGCCGAGGCCAGGAAACUGAUAGGCAAGCUUCAGGACCAGGUUAGGGACAUGCAGAUCGUCAUCGACGAGGAGCAGCGUAUGCGCAGCGAGCUCCGGGAGAUCCUGACUGUGACGGAGCGCCGUGCGCAGGCGUUCGCGCACGAGCUGCAGGAGACCAAGGCGCACUGGGAGGCCUCGGAGAGGGGCAGGAAAGUGGCGGAGGCCGGGCUGGUAGAGGCGCAGGACCGCGUGGGAGAGUUGUCCACCCAGAACAGCGCCCUGGUCGCCGCCAAGCGGAAGCUUGACGCGGAGGUGCAGCAGCUGCUGGGCGAGCAGGAGGAGCUGCAGAGCGCCGCCAGGCAGGCUGACGACAAGGCCAAGAAGGCGAUAGGAGAUUCGGCCCGGAUGGCGGAAGACCUUCGUCAAGAGCAGGACAAAGCUGCUCAUCUGGAAAAGGUCAAGCGGGAUCAGGAAGAGAGCAUCCGGGACCUGCAGCGCCGCCUGGACGAGGCCGAGACUAUCGCAAUGAAGGCCGGGAAACGCAUGAUACAGAAGCUGGAAACCAAGGUCCGGGAACUCGAGGCAUCGUUGGCUGCAGAAUCCAAGCGUCACCAAGACACUCUUAAGAGCCUGCGCAAGAACGAGCGCCGUCUCAAGGAGAUGACCUUCCAGUCAGACGAGGACCGUAAGAACCAGGAACGUCUUCAGGAAAUGGUAGAGAAACUGCAGCUGAAGAUCAAGACGUACAAGAGGCAGACUGAGGAAGCGGCGGAAACCGCCACCAGCAGCCUGACUCGGUACCGCCAGACGCAGAACGAGCUGGAGGACGUGACGGAGCGGGCGGACAUCGCGGAGGGCGCGCUGGCCAAGAUGCGCGCCAAGUACCACGGCACAACCGCCAAAAUCAUGAUCCAGAAAUUGCACCAAGAAGAAUAAAGACGUCAAAGCUCAAGUUUUCUCUUAUUGCUCAUCUGCACGCCCAAAGAAAAGUGACUCAAAAUAAAUAGACAACUUAAAGUUCCCGUAAACCUCAUAUACAUUUGUAUCUCAGAAUCUAACAAUACAUAAUAUAUUGUUUUCAAUCUCAUGCGUAACAGAUAAGAAACUUGUAAUGCUUGGUAUGUUAAUGGUAGUAUUUACUGACACAAUGGAAGCUAUAGCGCUAUCUAAGUGAUUGCUGGAAAAAUGCCCAGUAAGCCAUGUUUCAUACUUAGGUAAUUAAGUCCGAUAGAUAGCCAGUUUCGCAACGCGAAUAGUUUGGGUUACCAGUGUGCUGCAAUAUAUCUAUUUUGCAACCUCUGUACAAAACAACGUUAGAUACAUUAGCAUGAAAAAAAGAACACCAAUACGUACUGAUUCAGAUCAACGCUGAUUCGCAAAGAGAGCAAACGUCAAAGAGAACAAACGUUGCUGAGAUUGCGUGGCAACAACGUUAUAACUUCAUGGUUGUAGACUAGUUUUCAUGUGACUGAGCAGCGUUACAACGUGUCAGUUUAUACACUCGUUCAGAAAGACAGCAUGAAAAACCUUCAACCAACAUAUUCAGAAACUACACACACACACACACACACACGCGCGCAAAUACACAGACACACACACAAAGACACACACACACACACACAAAGACACACACAAACACAUACAUACAGGCACGUACAAACAGUACUCCAAUCCCCUAAGUUUAAAUCUGGUUGAAGAAUCUGAAGCAUUUGUUACCUUUACGGUUCAGCGCUUGGUAUAUUUGGCAUGUCAACAACGCCAAGUUCACCACCCAGCUUGGGUAUGCAAUAAAUGUGGCUGUAUCAUCACAAAA